GACAGGAAAUAACAUGCAGACGCCUGCAACUGGAAGUUGUUUGGCUUUAUAAACACCGAACAGCAUUUACAGAGACCAAGUAAAGAAGAAAAACAAGCGCUCACUAUGCGCCUGUCUUAAAUGAUCAUCUAACGCUCCUAGCUACAACAUUUUUUGAGAGAAAUCGGACUGACUGCAGCGUAUGAAGUAAGAAAUCAGCAUGACUCAGUGGGAAAGACUGAGGAAACUGCCCGCUGUUUACGCACAGCAGUUACAUGAGCUCUAUGACAGGGAUGCUUUGCCCAUGGAUGUUCGGCACUACCUGUCUGGUUGGAUAGAGAAGCAGGAGUGGCAACGAGCAGCGCGGGACCAAGACUUGGCCAUAGUCCUGUUCCAGGUCCUGUUGGAGAACCUGGAUAUCCAGCACAGUCGCUUUGUACAAGAGGAGUCUUUCUUAAUGCAGCACAACAUUAGACGCUAUAAACAUAACUUUCAGAAGUACCAGGAUGACCCGAUGACCUUGGCAAGCACAAUCUCAUGGUUUUUGGAGAAAGAGAAGGAGAUCUUGCAGACUGCUGAUCUGGAUCAACAGGUCCAGUUUUUGCAUGUGGAAGAGGAAGCCAUGGAAACAACCAGCCAGCAGGACCUUGAACGUAAAAUGGCCGGCCUCAGGAAUGACGUGCAGUGUAUGGAACAUACAAUGAUAUGUCUGGAGGAGCAGCAAGAUGAGUUUGAUUUUAAAUACCAAACCCACACGAUGGAAGCUAGGGGAGACGAGGCUGAUAGGAACCAACAAAUGAAAGUUCUUCAAUCACUUGUCAACAGACUCAAUGACUGUAGAAAGAGCACAUUGACAGACCUAAACAAGCUCUUGGACAGGAUUGAAGACCUGAUCAACACUUUGGUGAAGAAAGAGCUGGUGGAGUGGCAGAGGAGGCAACAGAAAUCCUGCAUUGGAGCUCCAGACAAUGUUUGCCUGGAUCAGCUAGAGAAAUGGUUCACUUGUGUGGCAGUGUGUCUGUUCCAAGUGCGCGAGUUUAUUGGUAAACUGGAGGAGCUGGUAGGAAAAGUGUCUUAUGACAACGACCCUGUGAAGGUCCACAGACCAGCUCUGCAGGAGAGAGCAGAUACUCUUCUGAAAGACUUAAUUAAGAGUGCCUUUGUGGUUGAGACUCAGCCAUCCAUGCCUCAGGGGAAAGGUCCAUUGGUUCUCCGCACAAAUGUCCAGUUCUCUGUUAAGACCAGAUUCCUUGUGAAGUUUCUUGAGCUGAACCACUCCAUGAAAGUAGAUGUAUCCAUGGACAGGGAGGCACCUCAGCUCAAAGGGUAUCGACGUUUUAAUGUCCUGGGGACCAAAAGCAAAGCCUUGAACAUGGCAGAGAGCCAGAGCGGAGGCAUGGUGGCAGACUUCAGACAUCUAACUUUGAAGGAGCAGAAGUGUGGAGGUGGCGGCAAAGGAGUCAGUGAUAUUUCUCUGAGUGUUACAGAGGAGCUGCACAUCAUCUACUUCAACACUGUGUUUGAGCUGAAAGGCGUGUCAGUUCAUCUGCAGGCAUCCUCCCUCCCAGUGGUCAUCAUCUCCAACUCCAGCCAGCAGCAGAGCGCCUGGGCCUCUGUCCUGUGGUUCAACAUGAUCAGUCAGGACACCAAAGACGUCAUGUUCUUUGCCAACUCUCCUGCUGCCACUUGGCCACAAUUCAGAGAGAUGCUGAGCUGGCAGUUUCUCUUUGCCACCAAACGUGGUCUGAAUGAUGAUCAGCUGGAAAUGAUUGCAGUUAAACUCUUUGGAAGGCAGCAGAACUAUGACACCUUCAAAGUAGCUUGGUCCAAAUUUAGCAAGGAAAACAGUCCCGACACAUUCUGGGUGUGGUUUGAUGGCAUCUUGGUGAUGGUGAAGACGUAUCUUGAAGACCUGUGGAGGGAUGACCUCAUUAUGGGUUUUGUGAGCAAAGGCAAAGAGAAGUCCCUCCUGAAGAAAAAACAGACAGGCACGUUCUUGUUGCGCUUCAGUGAAAGUGUCAUUGGAGGUAUCACCUUCUCCUGGGUGGAUACCACCUCAACUGGUGAGCCUGAAGUAAAGACAGUCCAGCCCUUCACCAAAGUUGACCUUUGCCAGAUUCCCUUCCAUGAAAUCAUCAGGAAUUUCCAGAUCUUAGAAGCUGAAAAUGUCCCAGAAAAUCCGCUACUUUAUUUAUAUCCCAACACCCCGAAAGGCGAGGCUUUUGGAAAAUACUACACUGACAAAACUGGAUCUGAAAAUCCUUAUAUAAAGUACAUCAAAACCAAGCUGAUGUUUGUGUCAAAGGAGAACACACUGGAGGCUAAGUCACCCAUGUCCUCUGACAUGGCACAGGGUGAAGGCCUGGAGCCAAACAAUGGCCCGUGUGGAGAGGCAGCUGAACAAAACAACGAUCUUCAUCCUCUGGAGUCUUCUCUGGAAACAUAUCCUCCUGAUCCCAUGCUGUCUGGCCCGGUUGGAAACCCAGAGGACGAUUUACUUUUGUAUCUUAACAACCCCAACCUCUUUGAUGAUACUGACAUCUUACAAGAUGAACAAAUGCUACCUGAUUUCAGUCUUCAAGCAUUUCAUUGUCUGCCUCAACAAUCCUGUGGAAGCAUGUUCAGAUAAGCAUCUGUUGAUGUUUAAUUUAGCCAAAUCACUAUAUCUCUCUCAUCAUCAGCUUUACUUUUAGCUUCUUACAUACAUGUCACAAACUUGUAGCAUACAUAGCAAAUCCAGCACUGACAUAAUAGUUUGCUUUGAAUAUUUUUUUACUAUGAAAUACUUCACAGCCACUCUGCUAAUCCUGACUGGGAAUAUUUAUGAAAAACUUUUGUUAUCUGCAUUUGACUGCUCACGUUUACUUGGAAAUCAUCAGAAUAUAGCCAUUACAAUUCCAAAUUGUUAUGCUGUCAUAUUGUUAAAUGUGGUUCAGUGAGAAUAUUUGAAGACAUUAAAGAGAGAUAAUUGAAUGAGCUGGACUCAUAGCCACUCCACUAGUGUCCCAGAUACCUCUAUUAGACCCCUUAAAUAUUAAACUCUAAAAGAUAUGAAACAAUUAGCAUUUCGGGACACUGGAUUUUUCAGUAUCAGUUUCAGUUUCAGUUUUUUAAUUUUUUCAUACAUCCAAAGAAUGUCAUAAAUCUGACAUUUUAAACUGAGGGAAAAGGAUCACUUGAGGUAUUGUACAUAAUUGAGACUGCACAUUAUUUGUUUUAUACCUGUUGUUUCUCUCUGACAUGUUCUGGUUGUGAUUCACUAUCCUUAAACAUGGCAGUUCCUCCCUUUAUAUACUUUAACAUUCAUCUGUUCCAUUUAUAAAUCAAAAUGAAUUGUUAAUACCAAUAAAUGUGAAAUGACUGUUUGUUUGUUCUGUUUACUAAUAACUGAAUGUUGUUGAUAUUAACAUCAAUUAAGAAAAAUAAACAGAUAUGAACUUA